AAUGGUCCUGACAGAUGACACAGAGUAUUUAGUAUGUCUGGACUUGAGAAAGAACAGAAACGGAUUCGAUCUCUAUUUUUUCCAUAUGCUUCUCUAUGACUAUUUACUGGACAGUUGACAAUAAGCAAAUGACGGCUGUCAAUAAAACGUGAUAAUUCCUCGUGUUGAAAAUUUUGGUAAACAUAAGUUAUUAAUUUUGUCCUAAGAAACACAUUUACUAAGACUAUAUAAAGACAAUGGAGGAAAAUACGCCGUCAGUUAGUUUGGUUUCAUGUAUGCACUUCGUACGCCGAGGCGUUGCAAAACCGAUCCCCGAAAAGAUUGAAUUAACAGAAAAAGAACUUGAAAAAAUAAUCAAACAAACCGCUGAUGAUUUAAGGUUGACAGAACAAGGUGAUGAUAACAGUGAUUCAGAAGACAAUGAAGCAAGUGCUGCUCCGGAACCCGCUGAUCCCAAUGAUGAGUUCAACUUCGAGAAAUAUGAUGAGGAAGACAAUACUAACCCCAUUGGCUUGGGAACAGUUGCUACAUUGCCUAACCUUGGAGAUCUGAGCGAAGGUGUACAAAUCAGGACAGAUGGUGCAGACAGUGAUGAAGAAGAUGACAUAAUUAAAUCUGAUGAUAACCUGCUUUUAGUGGGGCAUGUGGAGAGUGAUGCUAGUAUUUUAGAAGUAUACAUAUACAAUCACGAAGAAGGAUCAUUCUAUGUGCAUCAUGAUAUAAUCCUUCCCUGGUUCCCGCUGUGUAUAGAAUGGCUGAGCCAUGACCCCUCAGAUCCACAGCCUGGUAACCUAUGUGCCCUGGGUGGAAUGGAUCCGGUCAUACAGGUAUGGGAUUUAGACAUAGAGAACUGUCUAGAACCAGCUUUCAAACUCGGUAAAAAACCGAAUAAGAAGAAGAAAAUACAGCGCGUCGGACACAAAGAUGCUGUUUUGGAUUUGUCGUGGAAUAGAAAUUUUACACAUGUGAUGGCGAGCGGGUCUGCGGAUAACACGGUUCUGUUGUGGGAUCUGGAUCAGGGUACGCCUCACACGAAACUCGACUACUUCGAAGAUAAGGUGCAGUCGCUCGCGUUCCACCCGCUGGAGGCGCAGACGCUGGCGGCGGGCGCGUGCGACGGGCGCGCGCGCGUGGCGGACUGCCGCACGGCGGCCGCGCACCGCGCCUGGCCGCUCGGCGCCGAGAUCGAGCGCGUGCUCUGGGAUGUGCACAACCCCUUCUGUUUCGCGAUGAGCAAUAACGAAGGUAAAGUGGCAUACGUGGACUGCAGACAAGACCAACCGCUGUGGACGAUACAAGCACACGAAAAAGAAGUUACAGGUCUGAUUCUAAGUGAUAAAAUACCCGGUCUGAUGAUAACGAUUGGCACCGACGAGAAACUUAAGACAUGGGAUAUAACUAGUGCUGGCGCCGUGCAGGUGAGCGAGCGGGCGGGCCGCGUUGGCCAGUCGCUGUGUGCGGCCGCCUGCCCCGACCACCCGCUGGCCGUCGCCGUCGGGGGCGACAACAAGCAGAAUUGUAUCGAGUUAGUCGACCUCAGUACCAGUGAGGAGGUAAUGAACCGUUUCGGAUCACGCCCUCAAGUCACAGUGACACCAAAUAAUGCAGAAGCUAUGGAGUCAUAGACAAUAAUUUUAUAACAAUUAAGAAAAAUUAAAUUUAUAUAUUUUAA